AUGGGGAGGUCACCGUGCUGCGACAAGGCGAGUGUGAAGCGGGGGCCGUGGUCGCGAGAGGAGGACGCCGUCCUCAGGAGCUUCAUCCAGAGGUUCGCCAAUGCCGGGAACUGGAUCACGCUGCCACAGAAAGCAGGGCUUAGACGCUGCGGCAAGAGCUGCCGUCUCCGGUGGCUCAACUACCUCCGCCCGGCGCUCCGGCACGGCGGUUUCACCGAGGAGGAGGACAGCCUUAUAUUGUCCCUCUACGGCGAGAUCGGGAGCAAGUGGUCGGUGAUCGCGGCCAAGCUCCGAGGCCGGACAGACAACGACGUCAAGAACUACUGGAACACCAAGCUCAAGAAGAGCCCGUCCGGAGGUGAUCAAACGCCUCUCCCGGCAACUCCUCCGGCGCUCGUCAAUCUCGACACAGCCCUCAGCACGGUCGACGAAGACGACGGGGACCUCACGCACGAAUCGGAGCGGCUAUACGCGGAGCUCAUGGGGCUCAUCGACCAGAAGUCCACCACCAGUUCUUGUCCGUCUACCGGAGAGUCGAUGUCGUCAUCGCCACCGCCACCGCUGGGAACAAGUCCGGCCGCCACUGGUUCUGCUGGUAGCGCUAGCAGCACUACGUGGCCCGGGGACGUGGAUGACAGUACACCGUUGUAUGAGUGUAGCGGGAGAAGCUCGGUUGAACUUCAUUGUGCUAGCGAUGCUCACGCUUUUGCUGCGGCGGCCAGCUGGCUCGAUUCCUUCCAAGACUUACUGGCCUCAUCUUACGACGAGCUCAUAGCUUUGCAAUUCGCAAGAGCUGCAGUCAUGCUAUGA